GUGCACGUUCGCGCUCAAAAUUCAAAUUUAAAAUUCGAACGAACACGUAUCUCGCCAGUUCACUUUUACUUUUUCAAUUCCUUGUUACGUCAAAGCCGCGACACAGUUUCGUAACCAGUGUUUUUUUUUUGUUUACUUUUUGUGUUGUGUUUUUUAUUUUGUUAAUACUGUUCCUUUAUUUUGGAUUAAUUAUGAAAUAAAGAAGUGACAGUUGUUAUAAAGCGCUCAGUGAUGGCGGAGAGCGGGGGUUGUGUCAACAAGGCAUUCGAGGCGGUCGACGAUGGCUUCCACACCAUAGACCUGCGCAGCAGCCGCCGGGAUGAUAAGCGACACACGUCUGAAGGCGAAGUGGACUCCGAGAGCCGUGGCGGGGCGGGCGGCGAGCUGCGGUGCGGCUGGGGCGCGGUGCGACCCGCCUGGCUGCAGCGGUUCCGUACCGCCAAGUGGGCGCUCUUCUGGCUCUGCUGGGCCGGCGCUAUACAGGGUAUGGUAGUGAACGGUUUCGUGAAUGUGGUGAUCACUACGAUAGAAAAGCGGUUCGGUCUCCGCUCCAUGCAGACCGGUGUCAUCGCUGGAGGAUACGACAUGGCUUCGUUCGCAUGCUUGGCACCGGUGACGUACCUGGGCGGGCGCUCGGGCAGCAGCAAGCCGCGCUGGCUGGGCUGGGGUGUACUGUUGAUGGGCGCCGGCUCGCUGCUCUUCGCCCUACCCCAUUUCCUGGUGCCCCCCUAUAGGGUGGCAGGAGACGAACCUGAGGACCUCUGCACAUUGAACAAGACUGUUUCAGUGAGCCGGUGCGAGUCGUCGUGGGGCAGCGAGGGUGGCGCUUGGGCCGUUGCGGUAUUCGUGGCUGCACAGCUGCUGCACGGUGCCGGCGCCACGCCGCUCUUUACACUCGGCGUCACAUACAUCGACGAGAACGUCUCAAAGAAGAUGUCCUCAGUGUACCUUGGCGUAUACUACACAAUGGCAGUGGUCGGUCCAGCGGUGGGCUACGUGCUCGGUGGCCAAAUGCUCAACAUCUACACGGACUUCCCAACAGUUGAUUCUGAUACGAUCGGCAUCACGCCGCAGAGUUCUGUGUGGAUCGGCGCUUGGUGGGUGGGCUUUCUUCUGUCGGCUCUGCUCUGCCUCGCCGUCGCCUUACCGCUGCUCGCCUUCCCCCACGAGCUGCCAGGCGCGGCAGAAAUCCGCGCGUCCAAAGUAUGCGAGGCGCACGAGGGCGCGGCGUCCAAGUGCGCGGCGUUUAGCAGCCUGCGCGAGCUGCCCGCGGCCGCCGGCGCCCUCAUGCGCAACCCCACCUUCGUGUUCCUCAACCUGGCGGGUGCCAGCGAGGGCCUGCUCAUCUCGGGCUUCGCCGCCUUCCUGCCCAAGCUUAUUGAGAACCAGUUCGCCGUCAGCGCGUCUCACGCUGCUUUAUUGUUAGGAGUGAUAACAGUGCCGGCGGGUGGUGGGGGCACAUUCGCCGGGGGGUGGCUGGUGAAGCGGUGGCGGCUGGCGUGCGCGGGCAUCAUCAAGCUGUGCGUGGCCGCCACACUGCUCGCCGCACUCUUCACCUUCUCCUUCGUGCUCUCCUGCGACGACUACCCUUUCGCCGGGGUCACCGUCCCCUACAAUAGUCCCGCUAUUUCGGGAGACAGCGUGCUAUUGGCGCAGUGUAACUCUGAGUGCGGGUGUGAAGGUGCGCCGUACGCGCCGGUGUGCGGCCGCGACGGCAUCGUGUACUACUCGCCGUGUCACGCCGGCUGCCGGACUGUCUCGCGCGAGGGACCCGCACAACUCUACACAGACUGCACCUGUCUCAACAACACAGAAGGUAAUUCUUCGUUGCCGUAUGAAGCGAUCAACAGCGCGUGCAGCUCGGCGUGCCCAUACUUGUGGGUGUUCGUGUUCCUCGCCUUCUGCGUCAUGCUGUUCACUUUCCUCGCCACCAUGCCCGCGCUCUCCGCCACACUGCGUUGUGUACGAGAAGACCAGCGAUCUUUCGCGCUGGGCAUCCAGUGGAUCAAGGUGCGGCUGCUGGGUACGAUCCCCGCGCCGCUGCUGUUCGGUUUCCUCAUCGACCUGUCCUGCUCGUUGUGGGAGCCCGCUUGCGACUCCACCGGCGCCUGUCUGCUUUAUGACAACUACAACAUGAGCAGGUAUAUGUUGGCGCUUGCUCUAGUUGGCAAGCUUUGCUCGCUGGUGUUCUUCUUCUUAGCUUGGUGGUUCUACCGACCGCCGGGUGGUAAGAGUGGCAAUGGCGUUGUCCCCGCUAUAGACUUGCUCGUUACUGACAAACGUAAUGGCACAAAUGGACCACACACUAUAUCAACAGACAACGGUCUCAGUCUCACGCCCGGGAUACUCAAUGGUGUAUCUCACGCUAAUGGAUAUUGUAAUGCGGCGUUAGAAUGUAGUGACCAUUUAUAAAUCAAGGUAGAAAAUA